UAAAAAAUUAUCUACUUUUCUCUCUUUUUUUUCUCUCUUUUUUUUCUCUCUAAUGGCUCCGCUGCCCAAAAGUGUCAACCACCAUCCUCCGACUCCGACCCCGAUGAAUUAUUUCCCCGACACCGGCUACCCCCACGAACUCUCCUCCUUCCUCCACGGCCACAAGCUCACUCACAUGAUUCGCAACCCCCUUAUUCCGUCUCGAACCCACCGGGUUUGCGACGUUUGCCGUGAAUCCAUCCACGACAAUUUCUACCAUUGCAAAGACUGCCACUUCCACGUUCACUCAUAUUGCACCCGCCUCCCCAACAACCUCCGCCACAUCAUCGACCCCGACCAUAAACUCUGCCUCUACAAGCUCUCCUACGGUCACUGUUCUAUUUGCAAAGAAGACUGUUCGUCUCUCUGGGUUUAUGGAUGUACUGUUUGUGAAGUCAAUAUCCAUCUCAAUUGCCUUCGAAAAUCGACUGUCCAACAGACUUCUGGUUCGCGUGGGAUGCACCACCACUAUGCACCGCCGCCGUGGGGGACGUGGCCACCUCCCCAACAACAAUUUCAUGGUUGGGGGUAUCCGAAUCCUUACAACAAUAAUCAUCAUGGUAAUUCGCCGUCGUCGAGCUUCGGAUCAUUGUUUGGGAGUACAAUGUUUUCUCUUGUUGAAAGUUUGGGGAUUGGUGCUCUCACUGAUUUUAUUUUCGGUUCCAUUAGUUUUUAAUUUUUCUAAUUUUCAUUUAUAAUAAUGGUCGGUGUUUUAAUGUCUUCCAUAUAUAACUCUCUUUUUCCCUUUCAUGAUAUGAAUGAUACAAUCAAAUGUUUCAUAGAUC